UACUUCCCCUGGCUUGACUCGCGCCUCUCCCCUCUUUCUCUCUUUCUCAUUCUUCCCUCUUCCCUUCCUGCCCUCCGACCGUGGCUUUGUUCCCUUAUCAGCCUGCGCUGUCCCCUCCUCCGAUUUAUUCUUUCAAUUUUUUCAACCGUUCUCCGACCUGGUUCUUUCUUGAGACCAAUCCUCCCGCUCCCGCCUCGUCUAUUUUUCAGGCCUGACAUGGUUCACUCAACGAGCGAAGAACGUGCUGUACAUUUGACUCGAGAGGCUGUUGAAUUGAUAGAUGCUGGUCAUCGUGAGGCCGCUUCGCGGAACCUUCGAGAAGCGCUCACCCUAGCACCCGAACAUCCAGCUGUCAAAGAAGCUUUCCUCAAAAUCCAAGAAGAGGAGGCAAAUGGACAUCAUCUCCUAGACCUCUGUCGACGAUAUAGUUCAGGGAAGGACGAAUCUGCGGGCAAAGAUGCCGCCCUCUACUUGCGCACCGACGGCCUCAAACCGCCCGAGGAGGUUGCACUAGAAUGUGUCAAAUUUAUCUUGGCGCAACACCCACAUGCCUUGUCCUCGCUGCAGGACGAUAUUAUCUCCGGCCUGGUUCGCCAGAGCAAUAGUGUGCGCCAGCACUUCUCCAACCAGCUCCAGAUUUCCGUCACCACCUUCUUCGAUGACAUUUACGAACGGGGCGAUGCAGCUGCGGUUUGCCUCGACACUGUCGUCCUAGAUCCUUCCGUUUGGCCAUCGCAGGAUGCCCGUCUGCACUGUGAGCGUGAGCUCUUCCAACUUUUUAUCGCCAAGCUUAUGGAAUCCGGUCACGAUAUGGACGGUCGCUCGCUGAAGGGUAUUGCGCGGCUGCUGGCUGUCGACGCGGCCAAAUUGCAAGAUCUAGUGGAUGACGAGAGUCUCGACGUGAUCCUUUCGUCCCUGGAUUCUCGCCUCCCUCUUGAGUGGAGGAGCCAGGCUACGUUGGCAACCGUUAAAUACCUGGAGGUUUCUAAGGAGGUUGGCCAGAAUCGGUUCUCCCAGCUCAUCUCGACGAAGGUAAUCAAGGGCCGCAGUGACGGCUUGAUCGAGGCUUUCUCUGCAACAGCCGCCGUCUUCCCGGUGAUUCCGGAGACUGCCGCAGCACUGUUUCUCUCGGAGAGUUUCCUGGCUGCAUUAGCUCCCUUGACUUCCAGAGAUGCCAAAAGCAAGAAAGUUGAGACCUCGUUUUUGGAACUCCUUAAUGCUGCUUGCGUCAACAAGGCCUGCCGUGAGGCGAUCUUCAAGCAUUUGUCUACCUGGCUUUCCCAUCUUCUCACCAACGGCAGUGACCAAAGCUCUGAAUUGGCAGCAGUCAUCCUGGCCAAGGUUCGGACCUCUGCGCAGGUCGCACCCUCCGAAACCAAUGGCAAGAUCCAGGACGACGACACUCGGGUCACAGAGCUUGUUGAUCGAUUCAAGGACGCCAUGUCGAAGCAUAAGGGUGAAGGCAUUGCUAAUGUGAUUGAAGGAUUGGCAUUUGCUUCGGUCAAGCCCGCCGUGAAGGAGCAGCUUGCUAAGGAUCCGACUUUUGUACAGAACCUCAUUCGGGUGCUGCACGAGAAUUCCACCGUGCCGUCAGUUCUCUAUGGUGGCUUCAUGGUCAUCAUGAACCUCACGCAAUUCCUCCCCAACCUGACAGAGGAACAAAAGAGGGUAUCGCAGCUGAAGUCGUAUGCCGAAGCAUCGCCAAACGCUCGCAAGGGUUCCGAUCCCUUGGACGAUGAACAGCACGUCAUUGCCCGCUGCACCGCACUUGUGGAUGCGGGAAUUAUUCCUCUUCUGGUUGACUGUGUCAAGACAAGCCUGCCCUCCGUCCAGAUUCUCAUGAGCAAGAUCCUCCUCUCUCUGUCUAGUGAUCGGAAAUCUCGUGGAAAGCAAGCGCAACAAGGCGCCGUCAAGUUGUUGAUCAAUAUGUCGACCGUGAAGCAAGGCUCGACUCCGAAUGAGAUUGUUAGCAAUGCUUCUCAUGCGCUCGCGCGAAUUCUAAUCUCUGUCAAUCCCGCGCUCGUUUUUCCAAGCUCCGGGUUCCCUCAGAUCACGUCUGCCAUUCGACCUCUGACCGCGCUGCUCUCCAUCCCCGAGACAACCAGUCUUUCCACAGAGCAACCGCGGGACUUGCUCCCUGUCUUUGAGAGCUUGCUGGCUCUGACUAAUCUGGCCUCGCAUCCAGAUGAGUCCGCCCCUGACGCCAUUGUUCGCCAGGCUUGGUCAGUCAUCGAAGACCUCCUCCUCUCCAACAGUCUCCUGGUACAGCGCGCUGCUUGCGAGCUAGUUUGUAAUUUGAUGACCUGCGAAGCGGGUGUGGUAAAAUUCGCGGAUGGCUCGAAACGUGCUGCUCAACGUCUGCAUAUCUUGUUGGCUCUGACCGAUACUGACGACCUCGCAACGCAAAGUGCCGCGGGUGGAGCCCUCGCCAUGUUGACCGAGUUUGAUGCGGCCAUCGCAGGUGUUCUGGAACGGCCCCGUGGUGUUCAAUUGCUGCUUGGUCUCUGUCAAGAAGAAGACGACGGGCUUGUUCACCGCGGUGUGACCUGUAUCAGAAACAUGACCUGCCUUGCCACUGGUGACGUCUGUCGCCGGGCCAAAGAAGCCAUUAAGCAGAAUGAUGGCAUUGAAAUCAUGAAGAAUUUGCUGAAGAAGACCAAGAACCCUGCUGUCCUGCAGAUUGGUGUCGAAGCCCUCAAGCCCUUGGUGGCCUAGGUCUUUUGUCUCUAUAACGAGGCUUCUAUGUUAUUUUCUAGUCAGUCUCGGUGUUUCAUACCUUUUGUGCUCGAUAAAGCGUUGUGAGUUUGCGGGUUUGAAGCUUGCGUGAAGGGUCUGGUGUUCGGUUAGGUUGUGUGGUUCUUUGCGGCGUUUAUAAUCAGCCUGUGAGACUUUGGGUGUUAUGGUGUGUUUCUCAUCUCAACGAUUAUAGCUGGUCCUAUGAGCGU